UAACUUUAGGUUGGAGUCGGAAAUAUGACAGCGCGUGGACAUUGGACUACAAGAGGUGCGUUUGUCAGCUGAGACGGGAGUGAGAAAGCGUGCCGGCCUGCCAAGCAGCAUGUCCCCGUGGGGCAUGUCCUUCAUGAUCACGCUACUCUGCGCGGGCAGCUUGCUGACCAUCGUCACCUGGUACAUGAUCGACGAUCAGAGUGGGGUGGCCUAUCACAAACCGCCCCCUCUGAAGAAGAGUCCGCCGGAGCCGUCUGGGUUUUGUGAAGGUUGCAGGGAACUGAUUGACGACGUGUUGAAGCGUUACAAUAAAAACUGGAAGAAGAAUGACGGCAACUACCAAAAAUUUACCUCCAAGCUGAGCGCCGCGUGUCAAGGAUUCCAGAAGGCCAUCGUCACGCAGGCCAACAUGCCCGUCGGAAGCAAGAUUCAAUAUGAUGGCGAAAGGGGGAAAAUUCUGCAGGUGACUCCAGACAUCUUUAAAACCUUUAUCAAAGAGCAUCCGUUCUCCAACAGGACGUUCGCUACGUGCGCCGUGGUCGGUAACGGCGGCAUCCUGAUGGACAGCGACUGCGGGAAAACCAUCGACUCGGCGGAGUUCGUGAUGAGGUGCAAUCUGCCGCCUCUGAACGACGAGUACGGCCAGCACGUGGGCGUGAGGACUGACCUCGUCACGGCCAAUCCCAGCAUCCUCAAGGAAAAGUACGAGUCUUUGACGGGACGGCGGCGGAGCUUCGCGGAGAGACUUCGGAGUUACGGGAAGGCCCUGGUCCUCCUGCCGGCCUUCUCCUUCAGCGGCAACACGGCACUUUCCAUGCGGGCCGCCUACACCAUGGACGACUUCGACAGCCCCACUCGCGCCGUCUUCUUCAAUCCGCAGUACCUGCGCAACCUGUCCCGUUUCUGGAGCGGCAACGGCCUCAAGUCCCGUCGUCUCAGCACGGGCAUCAUGAUGGCCAGCCUGGCUCUGGAGGCGUGCUCCGAAGUGCACCUCUACGGCUUUUGGCCGUUCAGCAAUCACCCGCACGGACUCUACGCGCUCACCAAUCACUACUACGACGACAGGAAGGUCAACGCCAAGUUUCACGCCAUGCCCGUGGAGUUUGAACUACUGCUUAAGCUGCACAACCAGGGCGUGCUCAAGCUUCAUCUCGGCGAUUGUCCGGCCGACAGAAAGUGACUCUUUUGCACUGAGAAUUUGGACCUUUUUAUUUAUGACUGCUUGAAUGUAAAGAUGGCUUUAUUUUUUUCAAGCCAUUCUAGGCCUUGCUGGACUUUCACACGGUGCCUUUUGUCCUGUUUACAUGUUCCGCCGGCACAUUGAGGUCAGCCUUACUUUACGUCUGUACCGACCGGGCUACUUAACCCAUAUCGGGAAGGUGACUAUUUUAGGUCAUCGAAAAAGCGCAACUCCGUUUCGGCCGCAAUAUUAAUUUGUUGUUAUUAUUUGUUGUACAAGUGUGGCCUACGUGACCCAAAAGGGGAUGUGUAAAAUUUUAUUUUUUAAAAAUAUUACUCCUUAUCGUUAUAUAUUUUUUGAAGAAUAAAUAUAUCAUCAUGUUUGGACUAUAAUCUGCCCUCGCUGUAUUACGGGAUAUUUACACCAAAAGAUAUUAACCCUUUAUUUAACAGUGGCGUCAUAAGAUUUUCAUAAUUAUGACAUGACAUUGUUUUUUUUCCUUUCAACUAUUCAACUUAUUGCUUGCCGUUGACAACAAUAGACAUUGCAUAGACUUCAUAAUAUAUCAAUGGGUCGCGAGGCCAAUUGAUAGGGGGCCUAGCUCCGUCAAAGCUGACCGAAUGGAAACACAGACCACAGGCUUUUUACGUUGAAAAUUAUUGUGAAUAAAUGCGUAAAUCACUAAAUACGUAAAACUGUCUCAAUUCUUCGUUAAAAGAGCAAAGAACCGGGCAGUUAGCAUUUAUUUUACGUAAAUAUGUCGAAUGUGCUACUAGUCAUUAAGCCUCUGUGGCGCUGCCCUAUCACCACAAAGAGCUUUUUACGUUGAAAAUUCUUUUGGAAUAAAUGCUUAAAUCCCUAAAUUCGUAAAACAGCCUCAAUUCUUCGUUAAAAGCAACAAAAAAAAUAAAUAAAUAAAAAAACGGGCAGUUAGCGUUUAUUUUAUGUUAAUAUGUCCAAUGUGCUGCUAGUCCUUAAGCCACUGUGGCACCGCCUUAUCACCACAAACGGAUUUUUCUGUAGAAAAUUCUUGUGAAUAAAUGCUUAAAUCCCUGAAUUCUUUAUGGAUAUGAACGUAAAACAUUCGCGAUUUUUUUGUUAAAAGACCAAAGAACCGGACAGUUAGCAUUUAUUUUACGUAAAUAUUGCGAAUUACGAUGCCGAUGCCAUAGCAGUUGAUUUCUCCCAUUGAAUUUUUUCACAACGUUUCAAAAUGCAUGCAUGGUACGAAAAAAUAUACUAAUUAACUUGAAUCCUCGAACAAAACACUGCUGAGACAAUUCUUCCUGUUUGUAUUCAAUGCAGCUUUUGUACUUUUUCAACCUAAAUCCGGCGUUGGAUCGCUGCAUGUGUUUGCGAAUAACUGUGACCGACUGAAGCCGAGUGUGGGACGGCCCCCUACUUGAAGGCAUGGGGCCGUGUCUAGGGAAGGUGUCCCAUCAGUAUCAUUAUGAAGCUGUGAACGCUCAUCUUUCAGUUCCGUUGAUGGCACAAGGCGUCCAAUCAAUUUUAACUGGGGGGUGAACGACCUCUCAGUCAAAAUAGAUUGGACUUCUAGCACCACCAAUUGCAGCCAACGAGUUAAAUGAGUGGCUGUUUAGUGUUACAAAAAAAAAAAUCAUAAUUCUUGCAUGAAAGAGCUAAGAAGUGCCAAUUAUGACUUCAUUUACCAUGUGGGUAAAUGCCUAAGGACACCUAAUAACCAAUGGGACCGGAAGAGGGAUGAUAGGUCAGAUUAGGGUAUAACAGCACAGUUCAACGUUUGUUCUUUCGCCCCUCCCAGUCAAAAAUGUAUUACACGUCUAGCGCUGUCAAUAGCACUGAAACAUGAGUUAACAAGAAAGUGACCCGAAAAUGGCCGACAAUUCGCUAGCAGCCUCUCACGGUCGCAUAUCGCACGCCUUCAAUGGCAGCCAGUGAGUUAAAUUGGUGCACUAUUAAGAGUUAAAGGGACGGGAAACAUCUCCUUCAAAUAACCUUGACAUAAAAGACUAUGCAAAAGUAUGCAAAUGGGGAAAUUCUUCGACCUCCGAUAACGGAGAUUUAUGUUUCAAAAAGAGAAAAUGUCAUCGCAGGUACUCGCAUUUGAUUGACAUAAAUAGUUCCGUCAUCGGUCAAAUGUCUGCCUGCAGAUAACGGUCUUGAAAUGUUAGUCAGAGUCAUUUGAUCUGCCUGUUUGAUUUCUUCUGUGCGUGGGUGUUAUUUAUUAUUAUGUUUGCACAUGAUUUUUGCAAUCCCGAUAGAAUAUUGAAGAGUGUGGUACAACUGUGUGUGUAUGUCAAGAUGAUCUGGCAAGAGAAUCUGAAACUUUAAUCCUCGAGUGUGUCAUGCUAUCAGAUGACCUUGUAGUAUCAAGCCAGCCUUAGGGUUGUAAAUAGAUGCCGCACGCACGGUGUGUCUUGAUUUUGCGAACACUUUAUUUGAAUGCUUCUGAUGACGUGACAUCUGUGGUGAACAUGAAUGAAAUUCAAUUUCCUAACCAAAGUUCCUAAUCUUUUGCAUCAAAAUUGACAUCAUUUACAGUGGUAUGAAAAGUAUCUGAACCUUUUGGAAUAUCUUACAUUUCAGCACACCUUGAUCUGAUCUUUGUCAAAAUCACACAGAUGAAAAUACAGAAAACCACCCAAACAUUUAUAGCUUUUCAUAUUUUAAUGAGGAAAGCAUGCAAACGAUGACAGAAAGGGGAAAAAUAAAUAAAUGAACCAUCACAUUUCAAAUUUUGUGCCCCCUCUUUGGCAGUAAUAACUUCAACCAGACGCUUCCUGUAACUGCAGAUCAGUCUGGCACAUUGAGCAGGACUAAUCUUCUCUCAUUCUUCUAUACAAAACUGCUGUAAUUCAGUCAGAUUCCUGGGAUGUCUGGCAUGAAUCGCUGUCUUGAGGUCAUGCCACAGCAUCUCAAUGGGGUUCAAGCCUGGACUUUGACUUGGCCACUCCAGAAUGUGUAUUUUGGUCUUCUGAAACCAUUCUGAAGUUGGUUUACCUCUGUGUUUUGGAUCAUUGUCUUGUUGCAACAUCCAUCCUUUUUUUUAGCUUCAACUGUCUGAGGGCCUCAGGUUUUCCAGCAAAACAUCCUGAUAAGCUUUAGAAUUCUUUCAUUAAUGAUUGCAAGUUGUCCAGGCCCCGAGGUAGCCAAACAGCCCCGAAUCAUGAUGCUCCCUCCACCCUGCUUCACGGUGGGGAUGAGGUGUUGAUGUUGGUGAGCUGUUCCAUUUUUCCUCCACACAUGACAUUGUGUGUUACUCCCAAACAAUUCAACUUUGCGCUCAUCAGUUCACAAAAUGUUCAAGUGCCUUUUUGCGAACAUUAAAUGAGCAACAAUUUUUUUUAGACGGCAGUGGCUUCCUCCGCGGAGUCCUCCCAUGAACACCAUUCUUGGCAAUAGUUUUACAUAUACUUGAUAUGUGCACAGAGAUAUUAGACUGUGCCAGUGAUUUCUGUAAAUCUUUAGCAGACACUCCAGGGUUCUUUUUUACCUCUCGAAGUAUUCUGUGCUGAACUAUUGGCGUCAUCUUGGGUGGACGGCCACGCCUUGGGAGAGAAGCAACAGUGCUGAACUCUCUCCAUUUGUGGACAACUUUUCUGACUGUCGGUUGAUGAACACCCACACUUUUAAAGAUGUUUUUGUAUCCUGUCUCAGAUUUAUACAAAUCAAAAAUCCGUGAUCGUAGGUCUUCAGACAGCUCUUUUGUCCAAGCUAUGACGAACAUAAGACAAUGCUUCUCAUCAAGACAUUUAUCAGGUGUGUGUUUUAUAGCGGGCAGGGCAGCUUCUGCCUCAUCAUCAGUGAUUUGGCACACACCUGACUUAAAAUGAUUGGUAAAAAUUGGUUUCAAUUGCUUUUAAGUCUCCUUGAGCAGAAAGUUCACUUAAACACCAUUUACCAUUUACUUAUUUUUCCCCCUUCUGUCAUUGUUUUCAUGCUGUCCUCAUUAAAAUAUGAAAACCUAUAAAUGUUUGGGUGGUUUUAGUUCAAGCUGACACUGUAUUUUCAUCUGUGUGAUUUUGAUGGAUCAGAUCACAUUGGAUGGUGAUUUUAUGCAGAAAUGUGAGAAAUUCCAAACGCUUCAGAUACCUAUUCAUACCACUGUAUGUUACUUAAUGACAUCUGUGAAAUGCAUAUACAGUUUUACGAUAAGCAUUCAAAUAAUGUGUUAGCUUGAUUUUAUCACCAGCUAAAUUAACGAUGUUUACUGUUGCUACACCGGCAAUGCACGGAUUGUCGCAUCGUAAUUAAAGGGAAUGAGAGGUGCCGGUUUAAUUGGCGGUGAAUACACUUGCCAACACUGUGUGGCUACCAAGAUUUAGUCAUGAAAAUAACACCCUGAAUGUUAAUCACAUCUUUUUUUUUUUAAAUUGGCAUCCACAAUAUUUUUGGGAACAAAAAAAACGAUGCAAGAAAAUGAAACAAGCAGCGUUUUUGUGUGUGUGAAUGGUUGAAAAGAAAUCUGCAAAUAGGUGAGUCAAUACUAGGAUGCAAGUCUUAUUAUGUUUGAACUUUUUCCACUUGUUACAAGUUUUUAGUGCCACUUUUCAAAAUUUUCAUGUGACAUUACAAUUACUUAGUGCCACUUUACAACAUUUUUAGAUUUGUUUUCCAUCUUUAUCAUCAUGACUUUUGUCUUUUAACUUUGUGACAAUUACUGGUGUCUUUUUGGAUAACAUCUUCCAGUCUCUCCAUUGCUAAGACAAGUCUUACAAGAGGUACUUUUUAAAAAAAAUUUAUUCGGAGGCUGUCGUUUCUGUAAAUGCAGAUUGUACUAAUCGACACGUGGGGCAAACUGCUAAUCAUUGUGAAUUAAGCACUUUUGCGGUGAAUUUGCUUUUCCAAAUGUGUUCAUUGUAUCUUUCAUUUCUAUGGUGUGCCCGUUGAUUCUUGUUUAUUAUGACACACAUAAAUCAGAGGUACAUGUUGGGAACUAUUAAACAAAAUGAGCCAAAGCGCUGUACUGACAUGUGCUGACACAAGAACUGAGCGCUGACAAAAAAAAAAAAAAAAAAAUUCUUGAAGGCAACCUCAACGCCUAAGCCACUCCAUUUUGUGAAUGUAAACAUCUGAUGAGUGUCAGAAUAAAAUGAUUUGUUUGGAAAGGCGUCAUUGUCAAAACUUGUUCUGUGAGUGUCCAGUGAAUCACAUUGAGGGAAGUCCAUCUGAUGCGCUCUAUCCAUCCAGGUAGGAACUGUCAUCUGAUGCUGUUCAUUUGUUUAUUUUAGUCGUGAUAUGAUCGUGUUUAUAAUCUAGGUUGUUUGACCACAUGACCAAUUUAAUUUUGACACCGUGUGAGCUCAACAGGUAACACGGCUUUGUCUAACUUUUAAGACAAGAGUGUGCUCUGACAAAUGUCUACUUCUAAAUUGACAUUGAGGGGUAUUUUUUCAUUUACGAACAAGCGUGUUCACAGGGAUGUCGUAGAACGUGUAGGCACAUAGAAAAAUGUGUCAACUGAAAAUGGACACCCUUCCUACCUAAACCAAACCUUAACAGGUGAUAUUAAUUAGGGGACAGAGUGACACACACACCUUAACUCCCUUACAACAAUAAGACAAGUAGUGCUCAAAUUUCUUCCUCUAGCAGUUAACCUUCCACCUAUCUUCCAAUUUGCGCCCUUUGAUUACGGAAAAGUUGGAGGUAACUGUUUAUUAUUUUUAUUUUUUUUUAAACAAUGCACACCCAACAGCUAUAUAGACCCUACUCACCAACGUCACAGAAUGACGUGUCGCUGUAUCCGGCCGCCAUAUUGUCCGUCAUUGUUUAUCCGUAUUUUCAAUGGUUUCAAUUUGUCGUGCAAUUUAUAGUGCAAUUCAUGGACGCCCCGGUGCUUUCAGACGCUGUAAACUCAUUGGAUGCGUUGCAUAA